GUCCUUCCUGCUGAGGUGCCGGCAUCGCCUGGCGUUUCCUCCUGUUGUCCCCAACCUCCAGAUGCCUCUAGCCUGCGCCAUCCUCGCGAGCCCACCGCCAAGAGACGAGGAGGAGGUUUCCUUCCCCGGGUACGACGGGCGCGGGUCCUGGCCUGUGCUGCUCGAACUCUCGCUCUUCGUCCGCGUCGCUCUCAACGAUCCCAGCACGGACAACAACGAGCUGGAGCAGCGAUAUCAAUCUCUCGUCGACGAGGUCGCCAGGUCUUAUCACCUGCUCUCCUGGGCGACGGCGCAUCCUUGCUUCCCCAUGCGCCAGAGCGCGCUUCCCCUUCACUUCAUCGCGGCCAGGCGAAUCUCAACAGCCUUGUCGGCGACUCUUUGAGGAGGAGGAGGAGGAGGAUGGGCGUGAGCGAGGGGAGGGCGAGUAGCUAGGGAAGAGACAGGAAUUAGGGAAGGGAAGAGGAGGAGAGGGAAGGGAAGGGACGAGUAUUGUGGUGUGCUGUCAUGAUCGGAAAAUAAUAACUUAACAAAAAC